AUGGAAAUAGUUUGCAUACGAAAUAUGUUGACAAGAGCUGUUAUUUCACGAAAUCGCUUUACAUUACUAAUAAGGAAUACGAGGCUUGCCACAGAAGGUGUAGCACAAGCGCCACUUCCAUUAGAAAAGUUGUCUUCAGAAGGCAAAAAAAUAACUGCUGCAUCUACCAAAGUCGAAAAAUCCGAAGAUGCUGAACGAACGCAUAUAACCCCAGAAAAGAAGCAAGAAGCAGAGGCACAAACCCCUUCUAUGAUUAAUGCUGAAAGAAUGGAGUUAACCAGUGACCAAAAAGCUACCAAGCUACCACUGGAACCAGGGAAGGCAUCUCCGCUUCCACACUAUGAUGACGAAAAGGUGGUAUCAGAACGGAUCCUUCGGUUAGCAAACGAAAUAGUCAGUUUAACGAUUUUCGAAGUGGCAGAUCUAAAUAGCACUCUGAAAAAAAAAUUGAACUUACCGGACGCACCAGUUUUUUCUCAGUCAUUUGCUGCCUCAGGGAUUACUUCUGCUGCAGAAGAAGGAGCGAAAAUGGAGAAACCUCAACCAUCCCAAAAGACGUUUUUUUCGGUGAAAUUAACGAAAGUAGAUGAUUCAAAGAAAAUCCCAUUAAUCAAAGAAGUUCGCGCAAUAGUGGAAGGUUUUAAUUUGGUACAGGCGAAGAAAUUUGUAGAAGCGUUGCCCGCUACAGUGAAGGAAGAUCUGAGUAAAAAGGAGGCCGAAGAACUAAAAACAAAACUUGAAAAAUUAGGUGCUACUUGUGAAAUUGUCUAA